AUGCAAGUUUCUUGUCGAACCAAAAAUGUGAAUAAGUACUAUAAAGUAAUAGGCGAAGUUGGAUCUGGUACUUAUGGCAAAGUUUAUAAGGCAAAAUGCCUCAAGACCAAUGAUUUUGUGGCUCUAAAGAAAAUUGAUACAAAGGAUUAAAAAAUAAUGGCUGAAGGAUUUCCAAUCACUGCCAUAAGAGAGAUCAAAUUAUUGAAAAUUAUGAAUCACAAAAAUAUCUUAAGAUUAAGAGAGAUAAUUAUAAGCAAGGCCUCAUUUAGAAAUAAUUUUAGAGGAUCCACCUUUUUAGUUUUUGACUACUACGACCAUGAUUUUGCUGGUCUUCAUAGAUAAAGAAAUAUCUUUACACUACCACAAAUUAAAUGCAUUUUUAAAUAGCUUUUAGAGGGAGUUAAAUAUCUUCAUGAAAGCAAGAUCAUACAUCGGGAUUUGAAAUGUGCCAACAUCCUCAUGAAUAAUAAGGGAUAAGUGACUCUGGCUGAUUUCGGUUUAGCCAGAACACUAUCAAAUGUGAAUUAUCCAAAAUACACUUAUAAAGUAGUGACAUUAUGGUAUAGAGCCCCUGAGUUGCUCCUGGGAUAAACCAAUUACAACACCUAGAUUGAUAUGUGGAGUCUUGGUUGCAUCUUUGCCGAAUUGAUUACAGGAGAAGUGCUUUUCAAAGGAGAUAUUGAGUUCAGAUAAAUGGAAAGGAUCUAUGAAUUAUGUGGGAGUGCAACUGAAUAAAAUUGGCCGAAUUGUGUCAACUUGAGAUAAUGGGAGGAAUUUAAACCCAGAAGGAAUUACGAAAGGUUAUUAGUCAAACACAUUAAGGAUGUUUGCCAAGCUUUGAGUAAAUAAAUUGAUUAAGUGACUUUGGAUCUAAUAGAUCAUCUCCUCAUCUUGGAUCCAAAUAAAAGGUUGAAUGCAGUGCAGGCUUUGAAUCAUGACUUUUUCAAACAGGAACCAAAACCUUGUUAACCUAAUGAAAUGCCCUAAUUUGAAAAGGAAUUCCAUGAAACACUUUUAAAGAACGAAAUGAGAUUACAGUAACAAAGACUUGAAAAACAAUAAAUGAGACCAUCUUCAAACACUACCUAGAAACUCUAAAAGAUUGUGCGAGAUGAGAGAAUUAUGUCUAAGCCUUAAUAGUCUUCUCCCUAAAGAGAUCAAAGAAAUAAACAGGAUAUAGAUUUUGAAGAUAUAUUAAAAUUUGAACCUGCAGAAGAAAAGAAAAAAGUAAAAUUAAAUUGA